CUAGUACAUCAGCUCUGCAACAAUCACUUUUACAGCAGCCAGUAACUUCACAACAACCCCAAUACUCGCAAUUUCAGCCAGCACUACAGCAACAAGUGUCAACACAGCCGAUAGUGCCAUCUGCCACUUACUCAAGAA